AUGAAAAUUUCAUUUAUCGUAUUAUUAUGUAUCGCGCUCUUCGCUUCAACAUUUGUUUUGGCAUUACCAGCUCCUCGACCCCAAACAGGUUCUUCUAGUAGUAGUGGUUCAAAGAAAACUCAGUCGAAUUUUACACCUUCAACUUCUCAAGGAGAGGCGUGGCACCCUGCAUCUCAAAUUAAUGUUACUGCACCAACAUUGAAUCAAUGUUUUAAACAGAAUUCAGAUAUUACUGUUACCUGGACUACUUCACUUACUACUGAUAAAGUACUUGUCAAAAUACUAUCGUAUUCGAAUCCUUCAUUUAGUCUUGGCUUAGAUCCCAAUAAUGUUGUUGCGGCGUCUGCUGGACAAUUCACAAUAAAAACUACCUCCGAUUGGCCUAUUGGAUCAUAUAUGGCAAUGGUUCAAUUAGUAAGUGAUGAAGAAGUAUAUGGAACUAGUGGAGGUUUUCAAAUUUGUAAUACGACGCAAAGUACGAAAAAAAUAACGUCAUACAAUUAA